AUGGCAAUCGACAUCACAAACCAAACCCUCGACCUUCAACUCUCACUCCGGCCGCCUUCCGGAGAUCUCAGGUCUCGCCCAUCGCCUCCCGCCAUCGGUCAUGCGAGGGCAAAUGCACUAACCAAUAGGAGAAUCACUCGCAAUUUGGGAACUCGUCGAUCAUCUCUCCGACGCUGCAAUUCUCGAUCGCCAAGGACUACCGAGACAAUCGAGCCACCAUAUCCAUGGUCAACGAACCGACGAGCCAUGGUUAGAACCCUAAACGACUUAAGAUCAAGUCAAAUCCUCCAAAUCACUGGGGACGUCCGGUGCCGACAGUGCCAAAUAGAAUACACAAUUGAAUACGACAUGGUUUCAAAAUUCGAAGAGAUUGCGAGCUUUGUAGAGGAGAACAAGAACUUGUUUCGUGACCGAGCGCCUCGGUCAUGGAUGAACCCUAAUUACCCUACAUGUCGAUUUUGCGGACACGAGAACGGAGCGAGGCCAGUGAUACCUGACGAGUGGAGAAAGAUCAACUGGUUGUUCUUGCUUUUGGGAGAAAUGCUUGGAGUUUUGAAUUUGAAUCAUCUGAAAUACUUCUGCAGUUACACUAACAAUCAUCGAACAGGAGCAAAGAAUCGUCUUCUUUAUCUAACGUAUAUCACUUUGUGCCACCAAGUUGAUCCUUCUGGCCGUUUCAAUCGAGUUUAA